AGACGCCUUACCGAGAGACUGUCUGUAUGCAAUGGACUCGCGAGCUCAUUCUCGCGCACCGCUUUGAUGGGGUCACUGGAGGUUGACAUGAGUGUUGAGAGCGUCGCCCCGUGCGAUGAGAAACAUUCAGGCUCAACUCUCUAGCCCCACGCGGGGGUCAGUCUCCAUACACGACGGUAUUCGGCCGACAGCAAGGUCGAGGGAACAGACAAGACCUCUUGCGAUCCGCAUUGCAGAAACCCCAUCGUGCAGCAUUGCAAGGAUCUGCUGGCCUCCGUCAUGCCUGAAAUCUUCGACGACAAGUCUGAACACUGCAUUCCCUUUCUGCUGGAACGACUGCGAGCCCACCAAGCCCGCCACGGCAACUCUCCCGAGGCACCCCCUUUCUUCCUCGGUCUCAAUGGCGUCCAGGGCGCGGGAAAAACCGUUCUAGUUUCGACUCUCUAUCAGACUCUCCGCUCCCCACCAUAUUCCCUGCCCGUUAUUACACUGUCUCUUGACGAUAUCUACCUCACUCACGAUGAUCAAGUUUCUCUUGCAGCUGCAAACCCAUCGAACCCCCUCCUCCAGCAUCGCGGGCAGCCUUCGACCCACGACCUUGCUUUGGGUGAGAGGGUCUUUAGCUCCCUUCGCGCGGGCCACCUCACUGCUAUCCCGCAAUACGACAAGUCCGCGUUUUCAGGUCAGGGAGACCGGGUUCCAGAAUCGCAAUGGGAAGUCGUCAAUGCCGCCGGCCAAUCCAAGAUCCGCGUCGUCAUCUUUGAGGGAUGGUGCGUUGGGUUCCGCCCGUUGGACGAGACGACUCUCCAUACGAAAUGGCAGGCCGCUGUCACGGAGAAGGAGCGCAAUCCUGAAUAUAGCGGAAGACUGGGACACGUGAAAUACGAAGAUGUCAAAGCCGUUAACGAUUCACUAAAGCGUUAUGAUAUCCUUACAGACCAGCUAGACGCCCUUAUUCAUAUUGAUGCCCAGGACUCCCACUUCGUCUACGACUGGCGUCAAGAGCAAGAGCGUACCCUCCGCGCAGCGAAAGGCACUGGCAUGACCGAAGAACAAGUUAACCAAUUUGUUGACGGCUAUUACCCAUCUUAUGAACUCUUCACCGGAAAUCUCCGAGCUGGCGUUUUCAAGACAUCGUCAACAGGACCUGCUUCCUUACCAGGCCGGUCAGGUCGACAGCUUCGCCUGGUUGUCAAUAAGCAGAGAAGGGUUGAACAGGUGAUCAAGAUCUAGGAGGUUCGUUCCAGAGAUUAAAUUGUAGUUAUAGUUAUAUAGCCUCAGCUAGAAAGGAAUUGAAGCACUUAGAAAUAUAGUG